GGAAAAAGCCACUUGCCAAAAUGUAUCUCGCCAUAGCUCUCCUAGUCCAAGUGGCCCUGGCUCUCAGCGCACCCCUCGAUGACCUCACAGCCUGCCUCCGCACCGCUUCCGUACCCAUCGCAUCCUCAACCCCGACGCCAUACAACCUCCGUGUCCCUGUCAAACCACUUCUCGUCGCCGUGCCGACCACGAACGCACAAAUCGCCUCCGCGGUCACAUGCGGUUCCAAGAGCGGUGUCAGGGUCAGCGCAAAGAGCGGCGGACACAGCUACAUCUCGACCGGGUACGGCGGCGAAGAUGGUCAUCUUUUGAUAAACCUGGACCGCAUGUACAGCGUGACUGUCGCAAGCGACGGGACAGCCAAGGUACAGGCUGGUGCAAGGUUGGGACACGUAGCCACGGAGCUGUAUAACCAGGGGAAGCGGGCGAUAUCGCACGGGACAUGUCCAGCUGUUGGUGUGAGCGGCCACGCCCUCCACGGAGGCCACGGCAUGGUCUCUCAUACCUACGGCCUUGCCACAGACUGGAUCAAAGCCGCGACAGUCAUCCUCGCCAACGGCACAAUCACGCGCUGUUCAGCAACGGAGCGCCCUAAUCUCUUCUGGUCCAUCCGCGGCGCGGGCUCAUCCAUGGCAAUCGUGGCAGAGCUUGAGUUCAACACCUUUGCCGCGCCUGAGAAGGUGACAUAUUUCGAUAUUGAUUUGGUCUGGGAUACGGUGAAGUUGCCACAGGUUCUUCUAGAUACGCAGGAAUUCGCAAAGACUAUGCCAGCGGAGCUGACGAUGUCAACGACGUUCAACAAUGAUGGGAGUUAUCUGAACGGCGCGUAUGUCGGCGAUGAUGCUGGCUUUCGCGCGGCGGUGCAGCCUUUGCUUGCGAAGAUUGGGGCCAAAGUGUCUAGUUCCAAGACUUUUGGAUGGAUCGACUUUAUUAAGCACUAUGCGGGUGUGACGGAUAUCGACGUGACGACGGCAACAUACAAUGAGCACGACAACUCCUACGCAUCAAGCCUCACAACCCCCGCCCUCACAAAAACAACCUUCCAAUCCCUCGUCGACGCCAUCGCAAAGAACGGCCUCGCCCCAACCCGGUCCUGGUACAUGCACAUGAACUUCCAUGGGGGCUCAAACUCGGCCGUGGCGCGGCCCAAGACCAACGAUACCGCCUACGUCCACCGCGACAAGAUGCUUCUCUUCCAGCUCAAGGACGCCGUCACGACGAGUCAGACGUACCCUUCCGACGGCUUUGCGCUGCUCCAGGGGUUGAGGCAGAGUAUUACCAAGAGGCUGAGCAGCGAUCAGUGGGGGAUGUAUGCGAACUAUCCUGAUUCCCAGAUUAGUGAGAGCGAAGCGACGCGGUUGUACUGGGGGAGUAAUCUGAACAGGUUGGAGUGGAUUAAGGCCGAUUAUGAUCCGACGGAUGUGUUUCAGUUUGUGCAGUCUAUUAAGCCUGCCGAAUAGGAAGUGAGCUUGUGUAGUAGGGUACUUUAGGAUAGUCCUGGAAGAGCGCGUGUCGUGAAGAAAGUGCCUAGGGAUGGCAUCUUCACGAUGAUAUAAUUGAGAGCCUUGCCGGAUUGAUGAGGUAGAAUCUAGCAGUGCAAAGAACUUCCCUCCUUCAUUUGAGAGAGUCUGAUGAAGAAGCAAACUAACAAGUAGCCAAUGUAUAGUAUCACGACAACAUGGAGAAAGAUAGAGCAAGAUGGGGAGCGUGGAAGUCAAAGGCUGGGAGAGAAGUUCUGGCAGAAAAAGAGAAAGAAAAAGGUGAACAUGCGUAUACAUGGUACGCGUAGGAAGGAUACAAAAUACAUGGCUUAGCUUAGGCUCGGAUGAGGGCAUGGCUUCGUGGCCUUUUACAUUAUAAUAUUACAUAUACAGCUAGGUAACAUUU